AUGACACUGAUGACAUUGAUGACAUUGAUGAUGCUGAUGACAACAUUGAUUAUAUUGUUCAUGAUGACACUGAUGUUGCCUUUGACAUUGAUGAUGACAUUGAUGAUGUUGAUGACAUUGAUGAUGUUGUUGCUGACAUCAAUGAUGACAUUGAUGAUAGUCAAUUCAGUGUGUUGGCUCCAAUGUGGAAAAGUGAUUAUGUAAAUGACGAUGCUGAAGAUGACAGUGAUGACAUUGAUGAUGACAUUGAUGAUGUUGAUGACAACACUGAUUAUGUUGUUCAUGAUGACAUUGAUAUUCCUUUGACAUUGAUGAUGACACUGAUGAUAAUUAUGACAUUGAUGAUGUUGUUGCUAUCAUCAGAUGAUUUUGAUGACAUCAAUGUUGAUAUUCAUAACAUUGUGGAUGAUGUUAAUGAUGACCUUAAAGAUGACACUGAUGACAUUGAUGACAUUGAUGAUGCUGAUGACAACAUUGAUUAUAUUGUUCAUGAUGACACUGAUGUUGCCUUUGACAUUGAUGAUGACAUUGAUGAUGUUGAUGACAUUGAUGAUGUUGUUGCUGACAUCAAUGAUGUCAUUGAUGAUGCUUUUGAUAAUCUGACCAAUGUUAUUGAUAAUGAUGAUCAUGAUUUUGAUGACAUCAAUGUUGAUAUUCAUGACAUUGUGGAUGUUGUUAAUGAUGAUGCUGAAGAUGACAGUGAUGACAUAGAUGAUGACACUGAUGAUGUGGAUGAUGACAUUGAUUAUGUUGUUGAUGAUCAAGUUGAUAUUGUUUUUGACGUUGAGGUGUUGUUGCUCACAUUCCUGACCAAUGUUAUUGAUAAUGAUAAUGAUGAUUUUGAUGAUGUCAAUGUUGAUAUUCAUAACAUUGUGGAUGAUGCUAAUUAUGACGCUGAAGAUUACAGUGAUGACAUUGAUGAUGACAUUGAUGAUGUUGAUGACAACAUUGAUAAUGUUGUUCAUGAUGACAUUGAUGUUGACUUUGACAUUUAUGAAGUCAUUGAUGAUGUUGAUGACAUUGAAGAUGGUGUUGAUGACAUCAGUGAUGACAUUGAUGAUCUGACCUAUGUUAUUGAUAAUGAUAAUGAUGAUUUUGAUGAUGUCAAUGUUGAUAUUCAUAACAUUGUGGAUGAUGUUAAUGAUGACCCUGAAGAUGACAGUGAUGACAUUGAUGAUGACAUUGAUGAUGUUGAUGAUGACAUUGAUUAUGUUGUUCAUGAUGACAUUGAUGUUCCUUUGACAUUGAUGAUGACACUGAUGAUGAG